GUUGUGGCGGGGCGCGCGGCCGCUGUUGCUGACUGAGGUCGCUCGGGAUGGCGGCUCUGGCGCCGGGAGACCCGAAACUAGUCUCCAUGAUCGUCAAUCACCUGAAGAACCAGGGCCUCUUUGACCAGUUCCGCCGCGACUGCCUGGCCGACGUGGACACCAAGCCUGCUUAUCAGAACUUACGACAGCGAGUGGAUAACUUUGUGUCAAACCAUCUUGCAAGUCACACGUGGAGCCCUCAUCUCAACAAGAAUCAGCUAAGGAACAGUCUUCGACAGAUGGUCCUACAAUCAGGUAUGCUGGAGGUCGGUGUUGACAGGAUAAUUUCUCAAGUUGUGGAUCCAAAGAUUAAUCAUAUAUUCCGGCCUCAGGUCGAGAAAGCCGUUCAUGAGUUUCUAGCAACUUUGGAUCGAAAAGAAGAGCCUGCUGCUGUGAGUUUUGUACCAAUCUCUGAGAAAUCAGAGCCAACAACUCCAGGUCUUUCGUCCGGUGGCCCAUGUACAAGCAAAGCUAACGAUGCUCUUUCAAUCCUGGACACAAUAACCUCACUUAAUCAGGAAGCCAGUGCUGCGCGAUCUACAGUAGAGAAUUCAUAUAAUAAAAAUGGUGAAAAGAGCUCGAAGAAAAAUCUUAUUUCAGAAAUCAAGUGUCAACAAAGUUUUGAUUUGGGAAUGGAGAAAGACCGCACUACUGAAGAAACAGAAAAGCUUGUAUUAGAAACCAAAGGGGAUGAUGGAAAGUUUUAUUCUAAGAUUGAAGGCUCAGUUAAUGUUUUGAUAUCUGUGAAGGAUUUUGAGGAAAAGGAUGAAAAAGCUGAGAAUAUAGAGGAAUGUGUUGAAGAUAUGAAUGCAGUAAAGGACAAAAUUGAUAUGGUGGAUAAGAAAGAUGUGGUUUUAAGAAGGGAUGAACAUUCUGGACUUUCAAAGGAGGAGAACAGAGGAAAGGGAAAAGAAUGUGAAUCUGUGAAACACAUCACUGCGGCUCUAACUAUUAAGCAGACAGCCAAGGAAAACUUGAAGAAAGAAUAUUCUUUGGAGGAUUCAGAUUUCGAAGGCCUCAGUGACAUCACUGUUAGUUCCGUCCAUACCAGUGAUCUAUCUUCUUUUGAUGUGGAUGACGAUGAAGAGGAGGAGGGUGAGGUUCCAGCUUCUGACAGCAAUGAAGACCAGGAACAAAGUUCAGAAGAAAAAGAUACCCAAUUGGAAACAAACGAGCAAAAGGAGGGCAGAGUGAAACCUGGGCGACAUCCAUACGUCCACAAACCAUUUCUAUAUUCGAAGUAUUAUAGUGAUUCAGAUGAUGAAGAAACAGUAGUUCAGCGUCGACAGUCGAUCGCAAAAGAGAAAGCAGAGCGGUUACUCAGGCGGCAGUGGAACAGGGAAAGGGGCGAGGACAAGCUCAAACAUGUGGAAAAUGAAAAAGGAAGACCACCAGAAGAGACAUGGAGAGAUGAAGACUAUCUCCAAACGCUGGAAAAAGGUAUUAGCAGUAAUUCAGAUAUUGAAAUGAAUCCAAGGAAAAUGCAUCAACCUGCAGCCCUAAUUUCAAAAGUAAACAAAGCCACCUUGAAAGAACAAAAAGUCUUGGAGAAAAAAGUGGCAUUAAGAAGAAAAAGAAAAGGCGAUUUAAGAAAUCUAGCAGAGGAACUUGCUUUGCAUGAAGAUCGAAAAAGGAGAUGUGAACAGCCAGAAGAAUUUAAAGAGACAGCAAUUAAAACAGAGAACAAAGAAAAGGUUGUUGCUUCCUCUGCUUCUAAAGAUUCCAAGAGUACUGCGCCCACAGAUCUGCCAUCAAAGCCUGUUAGGAGAAUUUCAGAAUCUAUUCAAUCAGAUGAUGAGAACAGAAAUGAAUUGAAAAUGGAUCAUGAGCCUUGUCAAAAGCAGCUAAGAGGCAAUUCGUCCUCCCAAGAGUCAGUUACAGAAGCAUUGGAAGUGACUGAAGUUAAUAAACUUAAUGACUUUGAAAUAGAAGGAAAUAUGAAUAAUAAGGAGUCAUCUAAACAGACAGAUGAAGUCAAGCAUAUAAAAGAAAGUGAUGGGGAAUUGGUGUUGUCUAAGAGUGGCUCAAGGACAGACAAUUUUCAUAUAGAUGCUGAUUGGAAGCUGAGCGACUCUGCAGAGGAGAAAGCCAUGCCCAAUUGCCUUUAUGUUAUUGUUUCAAAGAGCGACAACAAACCUCUCGUUUCUUCAAGUUCUUCAGAUUCAUCUUUAAUAGAGCAGAACCAAGAUGCCAAACCUAGAGAGCACUCAAAGAUAAGGGAAGAAAAAAGUGAUGAGAAAGGGAAAGAGAAAAGAUAUGAUGCUGAAAGUUCCUUGUCAAAAUCCAAGGACAAUACACAGGAAGAUGCAAAAGGCCACGAGAAAAACAAAGAAAAGAGAAAUGAAGCUGAAAGCACUAGACCAAAAUUCAAGGAAAACUCACAAGAAGAUCAAAAGGCUACUGAAAGGGGGAAAGAGAAACGGAAUGAUUCUGAAAACCCUCGCUCUAGAUUCAAGGAAAAUACACAUGAAGAUGCUAAAAGCCAUGAGAGAAGCAAGGAAAUGAAAAAUGAAUUUGAGCAUAGCCGAACAAAAUUUAAAGAAAAUGCACAAGAUGAUAAAGGCAAAGAGAAGAGAAAUGAGCCUGAGCGAUCUCGGUCAAGAUUCAAGGAAAGCUUGCAGGAAGCUGUGAAAGGCCAUGAGAAAGGCAAAGAGAGGAGGGGUGAUUCUGGAAAUUCUUGGUCAAAAUCCAGGGAGAAAACGCAGGAAGACAUAAGAAGUCAUGAGAAAGUGAAAGACAUUCAAAACGAAUCUGAAAGCUCUCGGUCAAAAUCGAGGGAAAGCUUACAGGAAGAUGUCAAAAGUAAAGAGAAAAGAAAGAAUUUUGAGAAUUCACGGUCAAGGUCCAAGGAAGAAUUGCAGGAAGAUAAACGCAACGAGAAGAGAAUAGAAAGGAGACACGAUUUUGAAAGGUCUCGAUCAAAAUCGAAGGAAAUUGAAAGCACACGGUCAAAAUCCAAGGACAACAUUGAAAUCUUGCGGUCAAAAUCCAAGGAUUCUGUUGAAAGCUCAGGGUCAAAAUCCAAGGACAGUGCUGAAAGCCUCCGGUCAAAAUCCAAGGACAGUGAUGAAAGCCUCCGGUCAAAAUCCAAGGACAGCAGUGAAAGCUCCCGGUCAAAAUCCAAGGAUGGUGGUGAAAGCUUCCGGUCAAAAUCCAAGGAUGGUGGUGAAAGCUUCCGGUCAAAAUCCAAGGAUGGUGGUGAAAGCUUCCGGUCAAAAUCCAAGGAUGGUGGUGAAAGCUCCCGGUCAAAAUCCAAGGACGGUGGUGAAAGCUCCCGGUCAAAAUCCAAGGACAGCUGUGAAAGCUCCCGGUCAAAAUCCAAGGAUGGCAGUGAAAGCUUCCGGUCAAAAUCCAAGGACGGUGGUGAAAGUUCCCGGUCACAAUCCAAGGACGGUGGUGAAAGUUCCCGGUCACAAUCCAAGGACGGUGGUGAAAGUUCCCGGUCACAAUCCAAGGACGGUGGUGAAAGUUCCCGGUCACAAUCCAAGGACGGUGGUGAAAGUUCCCGGUCACAAUCCAAGGACGGUGGUGAAAGUUCCCGGUCACAAUCCAAGGACGGUGGUGAAAGUUCCCGGUCACAAUCCAAGGACGGUGGUGAAAGUUCCCGGUCACAAUCCAAGGACGGUGGUGAAAGUUCCCGGUCACAAUCCAAGGACGGUGGUGAAAGUUCCCGGUCACAAUCCAAGGACGGUGGUGAAAGUUCCCGGUCACAAUCCAAGGACGGCGGUGAAAGUUCCCGGUCACAAUCCAAGGACGGCGGUGAAAGUUCCCGGUCACAAUCCAAGGACGGCGGUGAAAGUUCCCGGUCACAAUCCAAGGACGGCGGUGAAAGUUCCCGGUCACAAUCCAAAGACAGCGUUGAAAGCUCCCGGUCAAAAUCCAAGAACGGUGAUGAAAGUUCCCGGUCAAAAUCCAAGGACGGUGGUGAAAGCUCACGGUCAAGAUCCAAGGAUAGUGGUGAAAGCUCGCGGUCAAGAUCCAAGGAUAGUGGUGAAAACAUGCGGUCAAAAUCAAAGGACAGCUUUGAAAGCUCCCGGUCAACGUCCAAAGACUCUAUUGAAAGCUCCCGAUCAAAAUCCAAGGACAGCGUUGAAAGCUCCCGGUCAAAAUCCAAGGACAGCGUUGAAAGCUCCCGGUCAAAACCCAAGGACUCCAUUGAAAGCUCCCGGUCAAAACCCAAGGACUCCAUUGAAAGCUCCCGGUCACAAUCCAAGGACUCCAUUGAAAGCUCCCGGUCACAAUCCAAGGAUAGCAUUGAAAGCUCCCGGUCAAAAUCCAAGGACUCCAUUGAAAGCUCCCGGUCAAGAUGCAAGGACUCCGUUGAAAACUCGCGGUCUAAAUCCAAGGACUCCAGUGAUAGCUCCCGGUCAAAAUCCAAGGACUCCGGUGAAAGCUCCCGGUCAAAAUCCAAGGAAGAUAUUGAAUGUAAUCAGAAAGGAAUGGAAAAGAGACAUGAUUCUGAAAAUGCUCAGUUGAAAUCCAAAGAACAAUUAGAAAUCCCGCGAUCAAAAUCCGGGGAAAAAUUACAGGGAGAUGCUCAAUUUGAGAGCAUUCAAAAGAGGCAUGAUUCUGAAAACCCCUCUCCUAAAUCCAAGGACAAAGUGCGGGAAGUUGUCCAAUACAAUGAAAGGGGAAUGGAAAAGAAACGUGAUUCUGAAAACACUGGGUCAAAACCCAAGGAUCAUUCAGAAAGCUUUCAAUCAAGAUUCAAGGAGAACAUGCAGGACGGUGUUCAAGGCAACGAGAAAGGAAUCGAAAAGAGAUAUGAUUCUAAAAACAUGAAUUUUGAAAAUUCACGAUCAAGGUCCAAGGAAGACUUGCAGGAAGAUAAAGUUAACAAGAAAAUAGAGAAAAUGAAUGAUUUUGAAAAUACUCGGACAAAAUCCCAGGAACACUUUGAACAUUCACGGUCAAAAUCCAAGGAACAGUCUGAAAGUUCUCGAUCAAAGUACAAAGAAAAUUUGCAGGAAGAUAUUCAAAAGACAGAAAAAGGAGUAGACAGGAAAUGUAAUUCUGAAAGCAUCCAGCGUCUAAAAUCCAGGGAACACUCUGAAAAAUCUCAAUCAAAAUCAAAAGGAAAAGGCCAGGAAAACAUUCAAGACUGUGGAAAUGAAAAGGAAAAGAAAAAUGAUUUCCAAAGUAUUCGGUCUAAAUCCAAAGAGUACUCUGAAAACGUGCAAGAAAAGUCCAAAGAAAAAGCACAAAGCAGUGAGAAAGGAGUAGAAAAGAAGGGUAAUUUUGAAAACAUUCAAUCAAGGCCAGUGGAAAAAGUGCAAAAUAAUCAAGGCAAUGAAGAACUAAAAGAAAAAGAAAGCGACUUGCAAAAUUCUCUGUCCAAACCGAUAGCAAUAGAUUAUCAAGACAUUCAAACCACUGAGAGGAGUAAGUUGGAAGACUCAGCGUCAAACUGCAAGGGAAAUGUGGAAACUGCUAAAGACAAUAGAACAGAAGAGAGAAAUGAACCUGAGAAUGGUCAGCCAGAAUCUGAAGCUUACCUGCAGGAAGAUAUUAAAAGUAAUGAAACCGAGAAAGAAAAGAAAAAUUAUUCUGAAAAUUCAGAAUCAAAAUUAAAGGAAUGGCACAUGAAAAACAUUGAUGAAACAAAUGGUACAGGGAAAAAAUCUGAAAACUUGCAGUCAAAGAACGAAAUACAAGUUGAUCAAACUAAUACUGAAAAGGACAUUGAUAAGGAGAGCUGCCAGUUAACAUUAGAAGAAAGCACACUGGAUUCUAAAGAAAUUGCACAUGAUAGCACAGGAGACUUAGAGAUGGAAACAGAAAAGAUUCUGAAAACUGAAGACAAAUUAGAGGAGAGAAAGGAAACUUUUGAAAGUGAAGGGAGUGAGGGAAGGCAUAUGAACAACAUACCCAAGGGUGAAAAAGAGCAUGAGGCUGUACAGAACAAAACUGGUAUUUGUAGGGCAGCUCUGUUGGAAAAAGAGCAAACUGAGGAACCAGCUCAUAACCAAGCAGUAAGGCCAAAUGAGUUAAAUAUUCCUCUAAAUGUGGAACAGUGUGGAUCCUUACUUUCUCCUUAUGAGACCAUUUCUCCUGAUACUCCAACAUUGGAUAAUGCAGGUCAACAUCCAGUUGCAAGUACAGCACAGUUUGUUCAUUAUGAUCCUUCUUCACCAGCUACUCCAACACUUGAUGAAAACUUUAGCUACGAGGCGUCUUCUGUUGCCCAACCUUCUAUGGAAGGCUCUGGAAAGGAAGAAGCUCAUACUUCAGAAAACGUUAAAGAGAAUUUAUGUAAUGAACAGCAAGCUAAAGAACUGGAUACAAAAUUUGACCCAUCAAAAGUGGAGACACAAGAGUUGCCAGUUCAGCAGGAUGUUGUAUCAGAAAUAAUCACAAGUGCCAGUUGUGAGUGGAACGAUGAAGCUGCGGAAAAGCAAUCUGUCAAAGGUGCCGAAGAGCAAAGCUCCCCUCGAAGAGAGAGAAAACCCAAGCGUCCAUACACUCCAGUAGAAAAUCCCUCUAAGCGAAGGCAUCUUGAUUCAGAGGAGAAAACUGCAGUAGAAGAAAAAGAUAUGCCCAGACCUUUUUCAGAAGCUGUACCAGCUCAAGUACAAGAUGAAGAACGACCAACACAAUCUCAAGGCAAAAUUACUACGAAGCUUGAAGAAAAAACAAGAAGCCAGACAUCUGAUUUGAACACUCAGAAUAAACCAACCACUCGUGCAGCCAAAAGAAUAAGCAGCCCUGAGCAUUUGCCAGUAGCUGAACGAGAACGGCGUUCAUCAGUUUCAGCAAAAGAGAAACUAACUUCUGAUACAAAGUCUGGGAAAACUCCAACAACCAUGUCUGUUACAAGAUCAAGGAGUCAGCCAUCUCCUGUGACAAAACAGGGACGCAAACGAGAAGCGAGUCCAGGAGAACGAAGAAGGGGACAGCAUAAAAUUGAAGUGCCAUCAAAAAGAACAAGACGAUAACUAAGAAUGCUAGGUGUUGCAUUUCUGACUCAACAAAAUUGUUAAGCUAUCGUGUACAUUGUAUAUUAUAAAUUAAGUUAUAUUUGUUGUAGUAAUGUAAGGGAAACGUGAAGUCAGUAUUGAUAGGUUAAAACUGUCUUUUUACUGUACUUAAAAUUUUGUGUUGUAUAUGGGAAAUGGUAACGAAAAUGUUGACGUGCUUUUACCUGUUGUAACUUGCAAUUUUAAGUACGAAGUUUUCAUUCUAUGAAUGUAUUUUAUUUUUACCAAAUCCUAUUUAAUUGAAAAAAUUGUUUGCUGAGACAAAGCAACUGAGGGAUGCAACUAUUCACAACAUAAUACUGUACAUUUAAUGUGCAUCUCGGUAAUUUUCCAUAUGUUACAUCCUUGGAAUGGGUGACCAAAAUAAUUUUGUAUUCAAGUAAAACUCCUUGAGCAUGUACAAAUGGUUUAUAAUAAAAAAAACUU